AUGACUCCUUCUGUGACUAGGCUCGCCCACGGGCUCCUCAUUCUCGGAGCGCUACCUCAGUGUAUUACGGCUACCCCUGUAGCGGCUUUCAACGCUGACUCGGAGGUCGCGGGUCAGGUUUUCUUGAGCGAGAGCCAGAACCCGUUGCCGAACACCCCGUUCGAGCAGGCCGUCGAGCACGAUGCCGUAUUCGUGGACUCCGAGUCCGAGGAAGGCUCGGAUGAGUCUAUCUUUGCUCCCUCGUGGUGGGUAUCAACUCUCAUGGCACGACGCCUUCUGGCUCUAUCUACCUCCGGCGUAGUUUCAACUGUCUUCCCGGACCCCUUGCCACCCAAGAGCCACGCACCAGCCGAGGUCGCGGGCCAGUCCAUUAGUCUCAAGGAGUACUUUGCAGACUGCGACGAAGCACUCCCCACAGAUACUGGCAACGGCGGAGAUGGCAGCCCCACUUUCCUGGCUCUGUACGUCGCAACGACCUUCCGCAACAUAGCGGCAGGCUCAAACCUCAGUCUCUCGAUCGACUGGUGGGACCAUCUCAACGACACCAAGCCCGUGUUCCCCGGCUUCCCGCUCAGCCCGGCGGGUCUGCCGCGAGUGACUCUAUUCGGGUAUAUUGAGCCCUUUGAGACUCCCGUGCCCAAGCAGACGGAGUCGGCGCUACGCUCGUGCUAUACCAGGUCGCAUCCCGACUCGCAGGUCUGGCUUCCCGGCCGCCCGGGUUCCCCGCAUGGGAGCUUCUGGGCCAAGAUGGUGGUUACCCAGGUUUAUUGGAUUGGCGGGUUCGGUGGGUUCCAGCAGAUCGGGUGGAUGAACGUCACGGAGUGGAACGGAAUUCGUCGCAGGGGCAGUCUGCCGGGUGUUGGCGAUGGCCGUGGGUGGGAGGAUGUCAGACUUCCGGGGGAGACUGAGUAG